GUUAAUUAAUUACUCGUGGAAUAUUGUUUAGAAAUUAAAUUUAAUCACCACCAGUGCAAUAUUUAAAAAUAAUUUACAAAAAUGAAAUUAUCAAGAUUUUUAUCACUAAUAAUACUAUGCAAUAAUUUAUUUAAAUUUGUAAUAAAUAAGGGUAUUUUUAAGGAGGAUGAUCACCUUGAAGAUGAUAAUGGCGACAAUAAUCAAUUAAUGCAUAGUAGUCAACGAUUUUUAAAUGGGAAUUUAAUUAAUGAUCGUAAUUUAAUAUUAAGUAUACGAAAACCAACAAAAAAUGAUGACCCAUCACAAAAGAAUUGUGAUUGUGUGCCAUAUUAUUUAUGUUUAAAUAAUUCAAUUAUAACAGAUGGGGAAGGAUUAAUUGAUAUUCGGAUGCAAGAUGGACCAUGCACAAGUUACUUAGACUUUUGCUGUAAAACAGAAAAUAAAAUUCCAAUUCAAACAAAUAAAAUCGAUUUUCCAUUGAAAAAAUCGGUAGGAUGUGGAAUUCGCAACCCAGAAGGUGUUGGAUUUCGAAUUACUGGCGAUAAAAACAAUGAAUCACAGUAUGGUGAAUUUCCAUGGAUGGUAGCAAUUUUAUACGAAGAACCUUAUGAAAACAAUGACAAUAAUGAUGUAAUUCCACAAUCCAGAAUAAAUAUUUAUCAAUGCGGUGGUUCGCUAAUACAUCCCAGAGUUGUAAUAACAGCAGCACAUUGUGUAAGCGACAAAAAGAAACAGAAAUCGUUAAAAAUACGAGCUGGGGAAUGGGAUACACAGACCAAAAGUGAACAGUAUCCACAUCAAGACCGUGACGUUGAAAAAGUAAUCAUUCACGAGUUAUACUAUGAUCGGGCACUUUUUAACGACAUCGCUCUGUUAAUCUUAAAAUCACCAGUUAAUAUAGCAGAAAAUGUAGACGUAGCAUGUUUACCAGAACAGGCAAUGAUUACACCAGAAGGUACUCGAUGUAUUGCAAGUGGUUGGGGUAAAAAUGUGUUCGGUCAAAAGGGACAGUACCAAGUGAUAUUGAAAAAAAUUGAGUUACCGAUUGUAGGGGAUUUAGCUUGUACACAAUCGUUGCAGAAAACGAGAUUAGGUAAUCGUUUUCAAUUGCAUCCAAGUUUUAUUUGCGCUGGUGGUGAAGCAGGACGAGAUACGUGUAAAGGUGAUGGAGGUAGUCCCUUAGUUUGCCCCAUAAGUGGUAUACCCAAUCGGUAUUAUCAAGCUGGAAUUGUUGCAUGGGGUAUUGGAUGCGGAGAACAACAAACUCCUGGUGUGUAUGUUAAUGUUGCCUUAUUUCGUGAUUGGAUUGAUUUACAAUUAAAAAAUAAUAAAAUCAACACUGACACAUAUAGUUUUAGUUGA